AUGGAGAGAGCUGGCAGCAGGUUUGGCACUUCCCCCCAAAGCAUCACCGUCAAAUGGCUUGGACAGUCUCCCGACUAUCACGCAGGCACGACAUUUGGACUACCUUGGGCGCGAGGCCAGCACUAUGCGAAUAGCACUCACUUCUCUUCGGCGGGAGACCUUCAGUCAUGGAUCACAGCGUAUUGGCCCGAUGACUCUAUCAAAUGGACUGGUCAUGCUAUUCCGGCGUCUGAGGAGAUCCCUGACCAAUACACAAUUACAGCCAGCACAACUUUACCUUCUGGAAAUCACUCUUCCCCAAUCAUCGUAGCGCAAUCAGAUAACGAGGUCUCUGUGAACACAGGCAAGAUCACUGCUACAUUCGCGAAGACUGGAUCUGUCUUCUUGAGGAGUAUCGUUACUGCAGCUGGCAAGACAGUGGGUGAAAAUGGAUCACUUGUCUUGCACUCCCAAUCAGGCGUUGCGAACGACAUCCAGACCAGGACUGCGAAUAACAUAUCCUAUUACAACUUCGAGAGUAGCGUAUUCAAUGUGACGGUCGAUCAAGGCAGCUCAAGAACAUUGAUUACUGUCCGCGGCAAUCAUACAGAGACAUCCAAUGGCGAUCACAUUCCCUGGCUACCAUUUAUCCUUCGAUUCUACCUCUACGCCAACUCUGACGCCAUCCGUCUUAUUCACUCCUUAGUAUACGAUGGCAACGCAAACAGUGACUUCAUUGCAGGUAUUGGGAUCAGAUUCCAAGUUCCUUUGGCUGGGGAGGAGUACUACAACCGCCACAUUCGACUUGCAGGCGUGGACGGUGGGCUGCUCAGCGAGGCUGUCCAAGGCAUCACUGGGCUUCGCAAAGAUCCUGGCUCGAAAGUGAGAACUGCUCAAUUCGAGGGCCUGGAGACACCCGAUAUCAGCACAUGGGACACCCGUGUGUCGAGUAGAAUGCAGUGGGUCCCGACUUGGAACGAUUACAGCCUGACACAGCUGUCGCCAGACGGCUUCACUCUACGCAAACGCACCAAAGCUGGACAAAGCUGGGUCAAGAUACCAGGAUCGACAAGAUCUGGCGGGCUGGCCUACCUGGGAGGUGCAACACAAGGUGGCCUUGCUGUUGGAUUGAGGGACUUCUGGAAGCGCUAUCCGACUGGCUUGGACAUCAGGAAUGCAGCGACAGACGAUGGCGAGAUCAUCGUGUGGAUCUAUAGUCCGUCAGCAGAACCUCUCGAUCUUCGUCCAUACCAUGAUGGUCUAGGCCAGGACAGCUACGAGGAACAGCUCGACGCUCUUGAAAUUACCUACGAGGACUACGAACCCGGCUUUAACACGCCGUACGGGAUCGCGCGAACCAGCGAGCUCUUCAUUUAUGCUUUUGACAAAACUCCUUCUCAAGACCACCUGUCCACCUUGACGGAGCAUACAAACAACCCCCCAGUGCUAUUCGCAGAGCCAGACUAUAUCGCGUCAACAAAAGCGAUCGGGACAUACUGGGCACCACCAAGCAACAACCCUACAGCGUUGACCGCCAGAAUCGAAAGCAACCUCAACUUCCUCAACCAAUUCUACCAAGACCAAGUCGAGCAACGCCGCUGGUACGGCUUCCUCGACUUCGGAGAUUUCAUGCACACCUACGACCCCGAUCGUCACACAUGGCGCUACGACAUCGGCGGCUACGCCUGGGACAACUCCGAACUCUCCCCCUCCCUCUUCUUCUGGACCUCCUUCCUCCGCACCGGUCGCGCAGCCAUCUACCGUUUCGCCGAAGCCGAAACCCGCCAUGCCAGCGAAGUCGACAUCUACCACAUCGGCAAAUGGAAAGGUCUCGGGACCCGGCAUGGAAUCCAACACUGGAGCGACUCGGCCAAACAAGCCCGCAUCUCCAACUCUCAGUUCCAUAAAUUUUUCUUCUACCUCUCUGGCGGCGAUGAAAGGAUCGGUGAGAUUUUCCAAGAAUCUCUCGACGUCGAUCAAACUUACGAAACCCUCGACCCGAAUCGCAAAGUUCGAACCACCACCCCCCCUUCGGAAGAACCAAAACGUGCACCGAUCAGUUUGGGAACCGAUUGGUCCGCACUGGCCGCUUCCUGGCUCAUAGAAUACGAACGUCUCGGCCCACGCUGGGAGGAAGCGAAGCGGAAGCUUCACAACACGAUUUCCGGAAUCUCGACGUUGAAAAAUGGCUUCGUCACGGGUUCGGCAUGGUAUGAUUCUACGGAUGGCACGCUCUCCCCUCCCCCUACCGACCCAAACAAUACCAAGGGCAUCGUUGCAGUUUCGCAUUUAACUGCGGUGUUCGGGUUGGGGGAAGUUAUCGCGGAUAUCAUCGAACACUUCGAUCCCGUGGAUUUACCGGCGGGGUUCGAGGAGGUUUGGUUGGAGUACUGUUAUUUCUACCGUGCGCCUGCGGCGGAGCAGGUGGCGAGGUAUGGAGAGAGUUGGGGGGCGGAGGCGAGUUUGGGACAGUAUCAUUCGAGACUUUUGGCGUUUGCGGCGUGGAGGACGGGGGAUCGGGGGUUGGCGCGUAGGGCUUGGAGGGAGUUUUUGGAGGGUGAUGGGUUGAAUUCUACGGGUGUUUGGGAGAGGAGACGGUGGGAGGGGAGUGUGGUGCUCAGUCCGGUGGAUGAGGUGGAGGGGUUGAGUACGAAUGAUGUGGCGGGGUAUGGGUUGGCGGCGGUUGGGAAUUUGGGGUAUGUUGGGGGGUUUUUGGAGGAUUAUUGA